AUUUACUUCCCCAAAAAAAAAAAAAAAAAAAAAAAAGAAGAAAAAGAAAAAAGGAAUUUCGUUUCCUUUGGAUUUGCUUUGCUGUAUUUGAGCUACGCCGAAGCUACACUUGGUCAUCAUCUUCUUCUUCCUUUCUCUCAUAUGCUCUCUGUGUUCUCAGUGUAGACUACACGACGCCGGAUCAACUACUCGCGAUUUUUGUUGCGAUCUGCUUCUUCUUCUUCUUGUUUUUGUAUUUUUUUUAUAAUUAGUUUUUGAGAGAAUUUUACAUAUUAAGGUGUUUUCUGAAUUGGAAAGUAAUCUAUACCCUGAUGGCCACCAGUGGAAACAAGAACAUCAAUGCCAAAUUGGUCCUUCUGGGGGAUGUUGGAGCUGGGAAGUCUAGUCUGGUGUUACGCUUUGUAAAAGGACAGUUCAUUGAAUUUCAGGAAUCAACAAUAGGGGCUGCCUUUUUCUCACAAACGUUGGCUGUAAAUGAUGCCACUGUAAAAUUUGAGAUUUGGGAUACAGCAGGUCAAGAGAGAUACCAUAGUUUGGCUCCUAUGUACUAUAGAGGAGCUGCAGCUGCAAUAAUUGUGUAUGAUAUUACAAAUCAAGCCUCAUUUGACCGGGCAAAAAAAUGGGUCCUAGAGCUUCACUCUCAAGGCAAUCCAAAUAUGGUUGUGGCACUGGCGGGGAAUAAAGCAGAUCUAUUAGAGGCAAGGAAGGUGGCAGCAGAGGCAACUCAAGCAUAUGCCCAGGAAAAUAACCUUUUCUUCAUGGAAACCUCUGCAAAAACUGCAUCCAAUGUCAAUGAAAUUUUCUAUGAGAUAGCAAAGAGAUUACCUCGAGUGCAACCUGCGCAAAAUCCAUCAGGAAUGGUUCUUAUGGAUAAUAGACCUGCAGAAAGGGUUGCAAGUGCAUCCUGUUGUUCGUAAGGAUUAUUUGGUGGUCUCCAUCAACUGCCUGCGGGUGUCAUUGUAAUGGCUCUAGUAAUGCACAUAGUGAAAUUGAUGCUUUAGAUAUUGUCUUAAAUUUGUAAAUUUAUUCAGACUGUAUAUGCAUGAUUGUUUUCGUUUGUGUCAUUUUCGUGGAGUGAAAAGCCAGUGGAAAAAAGUAUUUUCAUCCAGUUAGAUGAUGGUUUGCAGUGCUCUCAAUUGCAAAUACCGAGGUUUGAAUAAAAUAAUUAUGUUAUAUUCGAAUUUAAAUAA